AUGCGCCGGACCGACUAUCGCUGGAUUAUCCUGGCCACCGGGUUCGCGAUCCUCUUUUUCAACGGCGGGUCGCGCUCUGCCCUGGGGCUCAUGCUGAAGCCCAUGGGCGACGAUCUGGAAUGGAGUCGAUCGGCCCUUUCGCUGGGGAUCACGGCGUACAUGCUGGUCUCUGCACUGGCGAUGCCCUUCGUGGGCCGGCUGGCAGACCGCUUCGACAUGCGCUGGGUCAUGGGUACGGGGGUAGUAGUGGGCGCCGUGGGUGUGGCCUGAUGAGCCUGAUCGCCUCUCCGUGGCAACUGUUCGCCGUUUACGGCCUGGUCUUCGCGUUGGGGAACGCGGGUGUUUCCAACCCGAUCGUUAGCGUCAUGAUCGUCAGGUGGUUUCCGGACCGUCGGGGGGUGGCCAACAGCGUCGCGGUAUCUGGCAACGCCAUCGGCCAGCUGGUGAUCGUCGGCCUGCUGGCCCAGUCGUUGGUCAGGUUCGGUUGGCGGGUGUCUUACGCCGCACUGGGGCUGGCCAACCUGGCGAUCCUGGCGCCCAUAGCGU